AUGACCACAAUAGCUCGCAAGGGAGUGGCCGAGACUCAGACCAAGAACCAAAACGAUCAACGUCCGAGUACGGAGACCGACACGCCCAUGGACGUGGACGAGCUCGACCCCGAAUGCUCGGUAGCUACCCUGAAACGCCCUUCCACGCCGGAGAUUCGAGUCCUCUCGAAGGAGGAUCAAAUCAAACUCCGGGUGAAAGAGCACGUCGGGCUCUGGAGGCAAUGUCAGGUAGCAUCCAGAGAAGGGCCGACGGCAAAGCUCAGAGCCUUACUGACUACUGCUCAGGAGAGUCAGAAGGCUCUGCAAAAACUCAUCGACAACGACGAGAUCGAGAGUUAUGUAAAAGGGUGGAACCCUUGGGAGGAAAAGAAGAUUCACUUCCCCGCUCCUCCCAAAAAGUCACUAAUGAAAUUCAAGAAGAACGACUCGGGAAAGAAACAGAGCUCAAGUUCGAUCAACUACGCCGAUCCAGCCAAGUGGAAGAAUGUAGCAGACCUGCUCAAAGUAGCCGCCGGUCUCUACCAGAACCUGAACUGA